AUGGAUGACAUCCUGGAUUUAUUCUUUCAAAUAACUCAUUGUACGUACCUCCGCCUUGAGAAGGAUAAACAUCUACGGAAAGAGUUAUGGGGUUGGGCGGAGAAGGAAUUGACUCGAGCGACCUCAUAUGACAUGGAAACUCUCGACCCCAUUCUGGAAGCGGCUGCAACCUUCACUGAAUCAUGUUACCCUCUGGCCUCGAAUGAGAUGAAGUUUUCCAUGUCCAAAGGGACAGCGUCCAUUGUUUCAUUGGACAGUUUCCUUAUUCACCCAAGAGUGCAAGAGAACCUAGCGGAAUCCCAGAAACGCCUAGUUGCUGGUCUUGAGCCCCUCGAUGAUUUUUCAGCGGCUUACUCCACCUUCACAAAGGAGGCCGCUCAGCUCUAUGGUUCAAUCAAUCCAUUGGUUGGAAUGCUCGCGUCUAACGGAUGGAACCAACAUCUCGAGGGUUGGUGUUUGGAGGGACAAAUGCAAGACACUUAUAGAUACACACAAUCAGGGGGAGGGUCUUCGCAAAGUCUCAGGAUAUGUCAACUGGAGGAUUUUCCAUACUACCUCCGCUCCAUUACCGGUGUACCAAUUCCUUACAUUAUUGGUAUUUUCAAGCCAACUCGGGAACUGGAGGUUCCGUACACCUUAUGGAUGUCUUGUUUCCCCGCCCUAAAGGUAUUCGCUUGUCUCACCAAUGACUUGUUUUCAUAUCCGAAGGAAUUACUUGCCGGUGAACGAUUCAAUUACAUGAACAUCCAGACAAAGACGAAACAAGACGCGGGAUGCAAGUCUCAGUUUGUGGAGAACAUGCCGUGGACCUUCCGGGAUACUUUAUACGAAACUGUGACCCGCGCGGCCAAUUGUGUCCAUGCAAUAAAUGAAGUAUUCCUCUCGGGACUCUCCGGAACUAAAUCAGAUGGCCCUGUCCGCGGCCCUGAUUAUGAAUUUCAGUUGGGGGCUAGCUUGUGGUCGUUGUUUAAACAGGGUUACAUGUCUUGGCAUAUUAGGUGUCCACGCUAUAAGCUGGACGGCCUUUUGUCUCGCUUUGAGAAUUGUCCCCCGGUUGUUUGA